ACUCGUUGACACGAAGAUCCUUUCUGCAAAUUCUUGCAACUGACAGCAUUUACAGAGAAUAAGUGGACUGUCGUAGUCAUGAAACGGAGUCAUGACUAUAAUGAUAAACAAACAGCAGCUGAUAUCAAGUACCAUGGGUUGAUGAACCAAGGAGCAACGUGUUACUUGAACAGUGUGCUGCAGGUGCUGUUCAUGACCAAAGGCUUCAGAGAGGCUGUGGAAAGGUACACCAGUGGAAACCCUGACACUAAGCGUGUUGAUUAUCAGCUCAAAGGCUUGUUUGAUGACUUAAAGAAAAGAACAGCAUACACCUAUAACAUCACACAGAAGCUGGGCAUCCACAGAGUGUAUGAACAGCGCGAUGCUGCCGAGUUCUUUGAUAAUACUUUAACUCUGACCAGUCCUGAGGCUUCACAGAUCUUCUGUGGAAAGUUGACACAUGAGACCAGAUGUUCUGAAUGUGGUACCAUCACUGACACAAAUGGGCCAUCUUGGCAUCUUCCUCUUGCACUGGGGGAUUCCCGCAGAUAUAGUGUGGUUCAUGGCAUUCAGGAGUUUUUCAAAGAAUCACACAUCAGUGGGGAAAAUCAGCUGUUCUGUGACCACUGUGAUGCCAAAGCUGAUGCUACUGUUAAAUGUGUCAUAAAGCAUCAUCCAGAGGUUUUGAUGCUGCUGCUGAAGAGGUUUGAGUUUAACUACCGUUACAUGACGUAUGUCAAGAACAACUGUGAUGUGGAUGUUCCCAGAACGCUACAGAUCCCAGAGAAUCAGACGUAUGAACUCUACGCAGUUGUGGAUCACUUUGGUGAUCUGAGAGGUGGACAUUACACUGCAACAGUUAAGUCAGAGGACGAUGACAGAUGGUAUAACUUCAAUGAUUCCAGAGUCUCAUUGCUUCAUCACCGGCAAUUGCAGGUGGAUAACAGUGAGAAAUCCCGGAGUGUUUAUCUUCUUUUUUACAGGAAAAAGAAAACCCACACUGCAGAUACUUGUACUCAAGACAUAAAGGAGGUACCCACCAGUGGAGGUUUGGUCCCUGCUGCCGCUGACAACCAUGACCAGAGUCACGAUGCUGGAAAGAUAAGAGAGGGAGAGGAGAGUGGUGAGACAGUAGAAGUGGGUAAUGACACUGCAGAGGAUGUUUCCAAUGACAGAAAUGGAGAAACAGGAAUUAGAGACACGGACAGUGUUGUGUCUGGAGGAGUGGAGCUAUCACAUGACAACAUCUGUAAUGUACAUCAACAGGACAGUGGAGCUGAUGUCAAUCAAAUAAUAUCACAGAGUCAUCCGGGGUGGGAAGAAGGAGGCAGUGGGUCGGAUCAAGGACCUGAGCAACAGAGAGAGGAGAGUGUUGAGACAGUAGAAGUGGGUAAUGACACUGCAGAGGAUGUUUCCAACGACAGAAAUCUAGAAACAGGAAUUAGAGAAACUGUCAGUGUUGUUGUAUCUGGAGGAGUGGAGCUAUCACAUGACAACAUCCGUGAUGUAGAGGAUCAGGACAAUGGAGCUGAUGUCAAUCAAAGUAUAUCACAGAGUCAUCAGGGCUGGGAAGAAGGAGGCAGUGGGUCGGAUCAAGGACAUGAGCAACAGAGAGAGGAGAGUGUUGAGAGAGUAGAAGUGGAUAAUGACACUGCAGAGGAUGUUUCCAAUGACAGAAAUGGAGAAACAGGAAUUAGAGACAAGGUCAGUGUUGUGUCUGGAGGAGUGGAGCUAUCACAUGACAACAUCUGUAAAGAAGAGGAUCAGGACAGUGGAGCUGAUGUCAAUCAAAGUAUAUCACAGAGUCAUCAGGGCUGGGAAGAGGGAGGCAGUGGGUCGGAUCAAGGACAUGAGCAACAGAGAGAGGAGAGUGUUGAGAGAGUAGAAGUGGGUAAUGACACUGCAGAGGAUGUUUCCAAUGACAGAAAUGGAGAAACAGGAAUUAGAGACACGGACAGUGUUGUGUCUGGAGGAGUGGAGCUAUCACAUGACAACAUCUGUAAAGAAGAGGAUCAGGACAGUGGAGCUGAUGUCAAUCAAAGUAUAUCACAGAGUCAUCAGGGGUGGGAAGAAGGAGGCAGUGGGUCGGAUCAAGGACAUGAGCAACAGAGAGAGGAGAGUGUUGAGAGAGUAGAAGUGGGUAAUGACACUGCAGAGGAUGUUUCCAAUGACAGAAAUCUAGAAACAGGAAUUAGAGAAACUGUCAGUGUUGUUGUAUCUGGAGGAGUGGAGCUAUCACAUGACAACAUCUGUAAAGAAGAGGAUCAGGACAAUGGAGCUGAUUUCAAUCAAAGUAUAUCACAGAGUCAUCAGGGGUGGGAAGAAGGAGGCAGUGGGUCGGAUCAAGGACAUGAGCAACAGAGAGAGGAGAGUGUUGAGAGAGUAGAAGUGGGUAAUGACACUGCAGAGGAUGUUUCCAAUGACAGAAAUGGAGAAACAGGAAUUAGAGACAAGGUCAGUCUUGUGUCUGGAGGAGUGGAGCUAUCACAUGACAACAUCUGUAAAGAAGAGGAUCAGGACAGUGGAGCUGAUGUCAAUCAAAGUAUAUCACAGAGUCAUCAGGGCUGGGAAGAGGGAGGCAGUGGGUCGGAUCAAGGACAUGAGCAACAGAGAGAGGAGAGUGUUGAGAGAGUAGAAGUGGGCAUUGACACUGCAGAGGAGAGGGGGGAUGCUGAGGGAGACAAGAAACAGAAGAGAGAAGCUGCACAAAGAAAAGAAACAUCCACAACCAAACCUUCCCUCACUGAAGGUGUAGGGGAUCAGGGCGAGAGAGGAUAUAAAGAUGUUGGUGUGAAGGAACAAGCUAAAAAGCAGGAAAAUGACGUAGAUGAACAAAUUCCAAACAGUGCGACAAAGAGAGCAGCAAGCUCAGCAGGAAGGGAAAGACUGGCGGAGAACCCUGAAAUAAUAGAAACUUUAGAAGAAAGUAAAAGAAAAUCUGAUCCAAAAACAGACGUACUAGACACUCUGCUGAAUGAUGUUGACAACUCACCAAUAAAGAAAAAAAAAAAAAAGACAAAAAAUAAAUUGCCAUGUUGUUUGAGACCCAAUACUAAAGAGUAGCUCAGAGUCAGAAUGAAUCAAAGAACAUUAUUUGUCCACGAAAACACAAUUUGUGAUUUUGCAAGACUGAUUUCAUUGUAGUGGCACACAUUUUUUGUCUAUGCUUUUUGAUACUAAGCAAUAUUGCCAGUGACAUUUUAGCAAUCAGGCAGUAUGGACAGAACUCCAAUACUGAAUAUUUUGCCUUUGAUCUUUUUGGUUAAUGUUAAUAAAAUGCUUCACUUGCUGUUUGCCACAGAAUCGUGUAAAGAGCCGCAAAUGUAAAAGGUUUGAAACAGAGAGGGUUGAUUUAGUGCAUAAGUCUGAAAUAGAAAGUGAAAUGAAGCUGACUAAUGAAAAUGUAAAUGUGGGAUGAAAGUUAAUUUGAAAUAAAAGAUUUUUCCAGAUAAAAUGAUGCAUUGACCUGUUAGAUUUUACUUUUUACAAAUUUUAUAUUUAAUUUUUCAAAGAUAUGUGAAUACAUGGCAAUGAAUCUAAUAUGACAGACAUGUUAAUGUGUGUGAAAAUAAAAUCCAAAUGUAAAUCUU